UAAAGUUAAAAACUUUGUAAAGACAAACCAGGUUGAAAAAAAGACCUCAGAACAGGAGAAGAAGGAACAAAAUGGAAAAAAACAAAACAAAACAAAAAAAAACAAACAAACCUGACAAAGGAGAUUACUUCCAAAACUAUUUGGAGGCUAAAUAACUCAAUAAGAACACACAGCCUAAUAAAAAUGGGCACAACCAAAACACUCUUCAAGUAUAUGGAUGCUAAUAAAAUAUGAAGAAGUUAAAAUAAAGGUCUCCUUUUAGCAAAACUACAUGAGACAAUGGAAAUCAUCAGAAAUUCACAAUAAUGUGUGGAGAGUGCAGGGAAAAGGGAGAGUGCUCACUGUGGUGGAGUUAAAGAACACUGGAGAAAGGCCAUGGAUAUUCCUCAAAAAAACAAAACAAACAAACAAAAAAAACUGGAAGUAAAUGGCUAACCCACACUGGCAUAUCAUAAUGAAACCACAAUUGAAACAGGCACGAAUCCACAAUAUACUAGUAAAUAUACAGGAAGCACUGUUUAUUAGCCAAGGAAAUGGGAAGGAAAAAGACAUUGAUGAUACUGUGGAACAUAUAAAAAGGAUAAGCAAUAAAAAAACUCAUCUGGGUCACUUGCAGUGAAGGUGGGUGAACAAUUAUAUCACAGGAAGUAAAUGAGGAAAGGAAAAGACAACGGGAAUCUAGAACAUGAUAAAGAAACAUUUACAGUUAGUACAAGGGAAAAUAAUAAAAAAGGCUACAAAGAAUGGGGCGGAGGGAGACAGGAGGAUGGGAAAGAGAAAAAUAGCGGGAAAAUAAUGACUAUGUAAAAAGAAAAGCCUGGGAAUGUCUGUGGACUCAAAGUGGGGCCUGCUAUAAUUAACACCUGGAUGGAGCAGGUGGUCGGGUAGAGAGGGACGUGAAGAAAGUAUGGAUAUUUUCUUAGGGCAGAAAUACAUAUCUUCAUUAAAAUUAAGUUAAACGUGGGACUUGGUGAAAUGGAACAUUCACAAAAGUCUAAUGGGACUAGGAGAAAAGAACUAAACUAAAGUGAUGAAAUGAAAUGAAAGAUACUAGUGCAAUUUAAGAAGGCUGAACAAAAUGGUAAACACAAUGCUUGAAACAUGGAGUGUGAAGUUGUACAUAAACAAAUGGUAAACUUAAAAUGCAAAAACAAACGGAACAACUAGAAAGAGACCCACACAACAGGAAGAAGGCUGAACCAACAGGAAGGAAAAUAUUGUAACUUUCAGACUAAGUGAUCUGUACGAGAAUUUUGGAAGAUGAAUGUAUAAGCCUAUCUAAGUUAUCUUAAAAAGACAAACAACAAAAACAAAAAAGAAAAUAAUAUAUAAGCAUGAUAAAAACAAGAGAGUAAAAGGGAAAAAACAAAAAAAAAAAGUAAAAAAAAAAAAAAGGCGGGUUGGGGGUAGGGGGGAGGAAGACAGGGACAGAGAAAAAGAGCUGAAGAAAUGAACCCAAAGUUGCAGGAAGCCUAUGCCUUUCUAAAUGAGCUUGUUUUGGGUCUUGACCAACGGCCCUGAAGGGAGAAAAGCAUAUGUGCCUCUCUGCUGGCAUCUUUCGGUGCUAGGACCCUGAACGCUAGGAGAGUGGCCAGUGAGAACGCAUAGAAAUUGGGGAGGACCUCACUGGAGAGCAAUGUUGAGGCAAGGGUUGAUUGUUGUCCCGGGAGGGGUUGUCCUCAGGCAGGGGUCUGGGGUGGGGAGACCCCUAAAGGGGAGAGGGUAGGUGGGCAGACAUAUGUUUCCACAAGUGUGUUAGGAUGUGAAUGGUGAGCCCACGGAAGUCCUGUCCAGCCCGCAUUUGUGUGCUGAACUUGGAAGCCCCGCAGUGACUGUCCAGCGGGCAAGGCUGGAAGGCCCAAUGCCCCCGAAUCAUUUGCAUCCUGAGCCCUUUGGUCCAGGGGGCCAGGUCGGAAGUGCGUGUGGGGCCCGGUCAAGGGGAAUUCCCCGAGAAAAGUGUGGGUGGUUGGAUGGCGGGAGUGGGAGUGGCCACGCCCUCGGCCGCCUCAGCCAAUGAGGAGCUUGCAGGUGCGGGGGUGGGGCUGUGGGGAAACCCCCAAAGGCCCGAGGGGGCGGGGCCCAGGCCCUUUUUUGGAGCCGGACCGUCUGAGGGAAGGAGGCGUCGGCGUGCAGCUGCAGGUAGGAGAUGGAAACCCUCGUGGGCCUCGUGUGCAGAGCCCCGGGCGCUGCUUCUGAGCACGGGGGAGCUGUGUGUCCGUCUCCCUUCGACGUCUUCCCCGGAGGGCAAGGUGGUGGGCCCAGCGCCGCUGGUGCGGAUGCCCUUCGGGGACCCUCUGUCCCUGAGGGGCCGUCGCCGGCGCUUGGGCGUCCGCAGCGGGGUGACUUGGCUCCUGGGUCGGCAGGGCUGAGGCCUGGCCAGACAGGCGCCCUGAGUUGGAAGGGGCCGUGGGGGGUGGGGGCUGGGCUUCAGAAUCUGGGGAACACCUGCUACGUGAACGCGGCGCUGCAGUGUCUGAGCCACACGCCGCCCCUGGCCAGCUGGAUGGUGUCCCAGCCGCACGCCACCCUCUGUCCGGCCCGCAGCGCCUGCACGCUCUGUGCCAUGCGCGCUCACGUGACCCGAGCCCUCCUUCACGCGGGAGAGGUGAUCCGGCCCCGCAAGGACCUGCUGGCGGGCUUCCACAGACACCAGCAGGAGGAUGCCCACGAGUUUCUGAUGUUCACUCUGAAUGCCAUGCAGCAAGGGUGCUUGAGUGCAUCCCAGCCGUCGGGCCAUGCCUCGGGGGACACCACCGUCAUCCGUCAGAUCUUCGGCGGGACGUGGAGGUCUCAGAUCCAGUGUCUCCACUGCCUCGGUGUCUCGGACACGUUCGGCCCUUAUCUGGACAUCAGCCUGGAUAUCACGGCGGCUCAGAGUGUGGAGCAAGCUCUGAGCGAGCUGGUGAAGCCCGAGAAGCUGGACGCGGACAAUGCCUAUGACUGCGGCGUCUGUCUCCGGAAGGUGCCUGCCACCAAGAGGUUGACUGUGCACAGCACCUCCCAGGUCCUGGUGCUGGUGCUGAAGCGGUUCACACCGGUGAGCGGGGCCAAAAGGGCUCAGGAGGUGCGCUAUCCCCAGUGCUUGGACCUGCAGCCCUACACGUCUGAGCGGAAGGCAGGGCCACUGGGCUACGUGCUCUAUGCCGUGCUGGUGCACUCCGGGUGGAGCUGUGAGCGAGGACACUACUUCUGUUACGUCCGAGCGGGCAACGGCCAAUGGUAUAAGAUGGACGAUGCCAAGGUGACCGCCUGUGACGAGACCGCUGCCCUGAGCCAGAGCGCCUACGUCCUGUUCUACGCCCGGGAGGGUGCGUGGGAAGGGGGCGCUGGGCGAGGGGCAGCGGCCCCCGUCGGGGCUGACCCCACAGACCCCGGGCAGCCUGCAGGAGACGCCGGCGGCAGAGCUCCUGGGUCGGAGGAGUCCCCGGGAGACACAGAGGUCGAAGGGAUGAGCUUAGAGCAGUGGAGACGCCUGCAAGAACUCAACCGACCGAAGCCGGCCUUGGAGCUCCGGAAGGUCCAGUCUGCCCUGCCUGCCGGCGCAGUCGUGAUUCACCAGUCCAAACACGGAGGAGGGAGAAACCGCACGCCGCCCCAACAGGAGCACGAGCGGCUCGACCGUCCCAGCACGGACACCCCGCCUCCGGGGCCGAAGAACGUCGGCAACGGCCCUUGUGCCAGCGGGAGGGCCAGAGCGACCAAGGGGAAGAACAAGAAGCCGCGGCCAUCUCUGGGGCUGUGGCGGUAG